UAAAAAAAACACAUAGAUUCCAACAAGAAAAACAGAUAUUACUUGUUCUAUUCUUUGUAGAAAUUAAAUGCAAAUAUUGCAGGAAAAAAACUGUGAAAACCCGCAAUUGUUGUUAUAUUUAAAUAAAAUAAUAAAAAAAAACUUUAGUGGUUUAUCAUUUUAACUGUAUAAAGAGCCAGCUCCAAAGAGCAGCUUGUGAUACCGCAGCCGCAGCUGCAAAUCCCUGUUCUAGUCCAAUCAAAGUUAUCAAUGAACUUUUUUUCUUCGUCUUUUUCUUUCAAAUCCAUUUGAUGGCCCCGUUCAUUCAUAUAUUUAUUUAUCUCUUAAUGCAUGUAUCUGUUUUUUGUUUUCAGUUUCUUUUUUCACGGCAUGUCUAAGUACAACCCAAGCAUAUCAAUAGCAUAAUAAACUUUCCGAAUGUUGUUACGGCUUUCCGGAAAUGUCAGUCAAUACUUGGAGUUUCAAAAUAAACUUGCAUCAAUUUGAAUAGCAGGAUGCGCCACUGAAACUUAUAUUUUGUCAUUAAGGAAGCUUAUGUCCUGCACGUUUAUAGAUCUAUAUAUAUAGGCGUGCAUGAGCGAGUACGCGUGCUUUAGAAUCCACAGAGUUUGUCAUUUUACCUGAGUUUUAUUUUCUACAACCACUUCUAACCGGAAGUCCACACUUCGGUUUCGGCUUACCUGGUUCGCUUCCUGUACCUUGACGCUCAGGUACUCGGAUUUCCCCCAAACUUUCCUGAAACUUUCAUUUUGGAGUGAUUUGGAUUCAAUUCCUCGCCACAGAUGGAUUAAAACAUACAUGUUGGCUUGCAGGACACAGGGAAGGCCGUGAUUUUGGGGGCAGUGGGCUUGUGGACGCAGCGUACUCUGGCUAUAGCUUGUUAGUCAUGUCUGCUGGCACCAGUGAUAGUCUGAGGCGCAGCGAGAGGCUGGGGAGCACCAGGCAAGUGUCUUUCACUGAGGAGCGGUGUGUGGACCCGGUGGAGGAUAGACAACCAACCCCACAGCCAAAGCCGGUCCACAAAGGCCGCCUUAAAGAUGCUAAUGGGAACGAGUCUGAGACCAUCGACUUCAUUCCCGGUGUAGCCGAGCCUUCAUCUGCAGCAUCCAGCUGCAAUCCCUGCUCUUCUCCAAAGAGCUGUAAAACUUUCGUGUGCACUGUAAUCACCUUUGGAUUGUAUAAGGUGUGCCAGCGCUGCAUCCACGCUCCGCGUUUGGCGCCGAAUGAGAGCUCCCCAGAUGAGCCAGAAAAGAUCAGCCUCCGAGGCGUUAACCCGGACAACAGCAAAGAAGAGGCUGACACUGAAUGGUCAGACUUUCGCAUUAACGGAGUCAAAGUAGUCGGUCCGAAAGAUGAUUUAGAUUACGACAUCAAAUAUUCACCAUAUGCGCCACUGCCUGCUCAAACCCCAUCAGAGUUUGCCUCCCUGCAUGAUUCUGUGCCGUUUCAUGACUGGGAGGACGGCGACGAGAACGUGGACUCCCUGAUCACCAAGAAGCUACUGGAGCUGUACUCUGAGUAUCAAAUCGAAGAGCUGGCCAGGUGCACCUCAGACUCUGUGUUUCUGAGGAAGAGCAAAGCCAUCAACCAACUCAUCAACUCCCUGGCAGAGGAGCACAAAAUGGACGAGCAGGAAGCCGAGUGCCGGUUAGUGCGGGGCAUCAUCCGCAUCAGCACUCGGAAGAGCACGAAGAAGCGGCCGCCCAUUCCCAGGAUGGAGAGGACGAUGUCGGACAGCGGGCACGAGACCAUGAUUGGGAGUGGCUCCUUUCCCUCAAGUAACAACAACGACUACAAGUCAAAUCCCAACAUCCAAAUAUCCGACUUGACUUCCACCGACAAGUUUGCCAGAAACAUGUGGAGGAAAAAUGGAGGUCCCACUUCAAGUUCUCCAUCAACCUACUCGCCCUCUCAGUCAGAGAUGGAGUCUUCAGGUGUGCCACUGCUACACGCUUCGGCGAGGACAUGAAGCGGCGGUACGGAACGACCCGGUUGCCUCCAUCAGGUCACGCACUGGGUGUUGGAAGGACGACUUUACUUGCACCGGAGUGUCCGGCUGAGCCGAGCUCCUUUGACAGGAAGGAGAAAAAUGUGAAGGGUGGAAUUAUGUGAAGGCUACAGUGAACUCAGGGUUCUGCGUGCAGAUAUUUAUGAAUGUAAAUAUUGUAUCUGCACAUUUGAAGGAUCACCUAAUUGGGACUCCGUCUGUAAGACAGUUGUUAAAUUUUUUAUGACAAUUAACCGUCCGCUUGUUUGAGAAGAGCUUGAGGCUCUACAGUUUGAUUUUGUCCUUUACCAUGCCUUUGUUAGGCAGAACACUGUUUUUUCUUUGCUUUUUGUUUGUUUUGUUAGUACACAUUUCACCAUGCCCUCGUCUUCAUAGAGUUGAUUUUAAUUCAUUUUAAUUAUUGCUUUUCUUUGUUUAUGAAUGACGUUAUUAGUUUUCUUAACUUAAUUUGUGUUAGAGGCAUUUUAAUGGUCAAAGUGUCAGUAGUCUAAGAGAUGAAGAAUUUGUUGAAGAUCUUUUCAAAUAUUUAAUUUGAAUAUUUAGUAUAAGUAAGAUUCAAAAUAACAUCACUGUAAAAAUUUUAUUCCUGGGACUUGACUAGAUGAAUUUCGGAUUAUUUCAACAUUUUUAAUCAUGGCCAAUCAUUACUUUAUUCUCAUUUUUAUGGUAUUCUGUACAAAGGUAAAUCCUCUUUCUUGUCAGCUAUUAACAAUGCAAUAGACAUACUUUAUUAGACACACAUCUCUUUAGUGUGUUAAUCACAAGUCAGCACCUCAUUCUGUGGUUAAAGUUGUUUUCAACAGUUGACAGACCAAUAUCCUAACCUGUCUGCUGUUUUUCAGAGUUAUAUGCUAAGCUAAAUAAGCUAACAUGCUGGAACUCCAUUUCUUUCUCUAGAAACUUGAAUGCCUGUCUUUUGUAAGUAAUAUAUUAUGAUUAAAAACCUUAAAAGAUACAUAAAAGUAUACUUAAUGUUCAGAGAGAUUGGAGUAUGCAAUAUUUUAUAAUAUGAAGCUCAUAUUUAACAUGUAGCUCUUGCUUGUUCAGGGGAAACCUCAAAUCUCUCAAAUUCUCACUUUCUGCCUGUUGUAAAGCUUCUGUCCUUUAAACAGCAAAUGUUUUCUGAUGUUCCUCUGUUGACCAGGUGAAUAAUAAAAACAUCAACCUUUUUGUUAAUAUUAUCAAUAUUAAAAGUGUAUAAGUGUAACAGCCCAGUCUAUCUACUUAGGCUUUUUUUCAGUUCUGUGUGAAAUCAAUGGUUACUUAUGGUAUUCUUGUAUUGCAAAUGUUUGAUGUUUUGCCUGCUUUAGUCGUGUUGUCAGGUCACUGGAGGUAAAAA